AUGAGCGCCUUGCUCAGGAAUCUGCGCCCCGCGCUGCUCCGGUCCAAGCCGGCCGUCCGAACGCCUGUUCCGCCGCCGCCGACCGCCAGCCGCUGCUACCACUCGCCGUUAACGCGGCGAUCUCACGAGGCCCCGCAACCGCCCGGCCUUGGCCGCUUCUUCCGCCGUGACUCCGACUCUCUCGUCCGUCGACAACCGCAGCCGUCGCUCCCACGCCCACGGUGCUACUCCUCCAGGCGACCGAGAAGUCCCUCCUCCGUGAAAUUCCAAAUCGGUCUCGCGGGGGUCGUCAUCGUCGGCGGCGGGGUGGCCACCAUCUGCUACGGCACCUUCGAGACCGUGCCCUACACCAACCGCCGCCACUUCGUCGUCCUCACGCACAACGGAGAGCUCACGCUCGGCGAAUCGCAGUUCGACGACGAGAAGAAGAAGCUGGGAGACAAGGUCCUCCCUCAGUCCCACCCUGACUACGUCCGUGUCAAUGCCGUUGCCACCAAGAUCAUCCGCGCCGCAUGCCGCACCCUUGCCACCGGCCAAGGCGACGAUAAGCACCUCGAAACAUGGGUCGGCAACGCGCCGCCGUGCCCGGCUCCACAGCCGAUGACCAAGCAUCUCGACGGGUUCAAGUGGGAGGUCAUCCUCGUCGACAACAAGCAAGUGAACGCCAUGUGCAUGCCCGGUGGCAAGAUCAUAGUCUACACCGGACUGCUCCAAAAGUUUAACACCGACGCUGAGAUCGCCACGGUGCUAGGGCACGAGGUUGCGCACGCCGUUGCAAGGCACGCCGCAGAGGGGCUCACCAAGAACAUGUGGAUUUUGAUGCUCGCGGUUUUCCUCCAGAUCUUUAUCGAUGCGCCAAAGCUGAUUGAUAAUCUCACCGAAUACCUCCUCAGGCUGCCUUUCUCACGAAAGAUGGAGAUAGAGGCGGAUCACAUUGGAAUCCUGCUGCUUGCUGCCGCUGGUUUUGAUCCACGCAUAGCCCCUGCCGUCUACGAGAAGCUAGGAAAGGUCGGUGGGAAUUCAUCAUCGUUGAAAGAGUACAUCUCUACUCAUCCUUGCAGCAAGAAAAGAACGCAGCUUUUAUUGGAUGCCAAGGUCAUGGACAAAGCGAUGGCGUUAUAUACAGAAGCAAGAGCCAGAAAAAGAAGAAAUUGA